UCCACCAACGGGGCACUCACGCAUGCGUUACGCAAAUAUGAACUUAUAUACAGACACGAGGCUUUAGGGGUAGAGCUCACCGUAAAACAUGGGUGGGAGAGCCCCUCUUCUUUUCCUCACCUUUUCUCUUGCUGUUCUGAGCAUUGAGCUUGGUAUUUCUCAUGGCUGUCGAGAGACGGAGAGGAAAGCCCUCAUCGACUUCAAGCGUGGACUUCAUGAUCCUUCCAAUCGUCUCUCUUCCUGGGUCGGGGAGGACUGUUGUGCGUGGAAAGGAGUUGGCUGCAGCAACAUCUCUGGUCAUGUUGUCAAGCUGGAUCUUCGAAAUAGAUGUUCAUUUCUAGCUGACGACUGCACUCAUCAGGAGGUGUCCUUCUUGUUGGAUGAUGAUCCAGGAUGCAGAUGGGCACUGCAUGGUGACAUAACUCCAUCACUGCGUUCUCUCCAACAACUUAAUCACCUGGACCUCAGCGGCAACUGUUUUACGCAUAAACCCAUCCCCAAGUUCUUUGGAGCUUUCAGAAGACUAACAUAUCUUAACCUCUCAGGGGCAGGCUUCGUGGGUAGAGUACCUGAUCAGCUCGGAAAUCUAUCCACUUUGCAGCACCUCGACCUUUCUUAUAACUGCAAUGGGGAUGAUGACGGUGAUGGCUUCUUCUGCUUGUACCUUGAGAACACAAGAUGGAUCUCUAUGCUCACUUCCCUUCGGCACCUUAACAUGAAUUUGGUCAAUUUUACAAAUGCGUCCAACUGGUUGCAAGAUUUGAACGUGCUUCCACGUGUUCAGGAGAUUAAAUUAAGUUCUUGUGACUUAGGGACCUUUCCACAUUCAUUGUCUGAUGUCAACUUCACAUCUCUCACCACUCUUGAUUUAGGAGACAAUGAUAUAAACUCCACCAUACCAGAUUGGGUGUUCAAUAUUACUAGCCUCGAGUACCUUUAUCUUGGUGGGAAUGACCUACAUGGGUUCUUUCCUAAUUCUAUUACGAAGUUGACAUCUCUCAGGGAACUCGAUUUGUCUAGGAGUGAGUUCCAAGAUGGCUUCAUGCAGGUAGCUCCUAUAUCUAAUCUCUGCAAGCUCCAAAUUCUAUACCUGCGCCAGGUGCUUAUCAACGAUGUGUUUGCCAAUCUAAAAAUGGUUUUCUCUGGAUGUCUUAAGUAUAGUAUGGAGGAAUUGGACCUCAGCGACACCCAGCUGAGUGGUUCCUUUCCGGAUUGGCUAGGGAACAUCAAGAAUCUCAAAUCUCUUUAUCUUUCUUUCAACUCCCUCUGUGGAUCAGUGCCUGCAUCUAUCGGGAAUCUAUCAUUGCUGCAACAUUUAGUUUUAUAUUCUAAUGAUUUGAAUGGGACGAUUUCGGAAGGCAUCGGACAACUGAAGAGCCUUAUCUAUUUGGAUCUCAGUAGUAACUCGUUGAGCUUAUCGGAGGUCCAAUUGGCUAAUCUAUCAAGUUUAAGGUAUUUGGACAUUUCGAACAACUACGACUCCAGAAAAAGUGGAGUAGGAGUAAUAGACAUGAUUCUCGAUGGGCUUCCUUCUAGUCUCGAGCAUUUGGAUCUUUCUUACAACUCUCUCCACAGAUCAUUGCCUAUAUCUCUUGGAAACCUCUCUAUGCUGCAAUCUUUGUUUCUACGUUCCAGUUACCUGAAUGGGAUGUUGCCGGAAGGGAUCAAACGGUUGAAGGGCCUCGUCCAAUUGGAUCUUUACAAUAACUCGUUGGCCUAAUCAGAGGAUGACCUUGCUAAUCUAUCAAGUUUGAAAUAUUUGGACAUUUCAUACAACUCUAUACACUUGAACAAAAGCAAUGACUGGAUCCCUCCUUUUCAGCUUCUAAGCCUCUCCAUGGAUUUCUGCCAAAUACUGCCCAUUCCCCAUUUUCCGAAAUGGCUCCAAACACAAGCCAGUCUUCGUCGACUACAAUUGUCAAGUGCGGGUAUCAAAGACAUGUUUUUCGAUAGGCUUCCUUCUUGUCUCGAGUAUUUGGAUCUCUCUUACAACUCUCUCCAUGGAUCAUUGCCUGCAUCUCUUGGAAACCUCUCUAUGCUACAAUCUUUGAUUUUACGUUCCAAUUAUUUAAAUGGGAUGUUUCCGGAAGGCAUCAAACGGUUGAAGGGCCUCGUCCAAUUGGAUCUUCACAAUAAUUCGUUGAGCUUAUCAGAGGACGACCUUGUUAAUCUAUCAAGUUUGAAAUAUUUGGACAUUUCAUACAACUCUAUACACUUGAACAAAAGCGAUGAUUGGAUCCCUCCCUUUCAGCUUAACACCCUUCUCAUGGGAUUCUGCCAAAUACUACCUAUACCCCAUUUUCCGAAAUGGCUUCGAACACAAACCACUCUUGGUGAAUUAUAUUUAUCAAACACAGGUAUGAAAGAAACGAUUCCCAACUGGCUUCCAUCCGGUCUCGAGUAUUUGGAUCUAUCCGAUAACAAGAUUACUGGU